AUGAGCAGUUCCUGUGUGACACUGGCCGAGGUCCUGUGGGCAAAAGGAAGCCCUUUGGAGGAAGAAGAAAUAUGGGCACUCUUGUACCUGGCCACAGUGCAGCUUCUGGAGGACCUUCACAAAGACCCUGCCAUCUGUGUGAUUUGUCCAUGGUCAGUACUACUGUCUGCUGAAGGAAAUCUGUCCCUCCAAAACAAUGCAUCUCAGACAGAAGCUGUCCCUUUCAGUGCACCAGAAUUGCUCCAUAGACAAAGUAAAAACCAGCACAUCGGAAUAACAAAGAUGUUGGUGUAUUCCUUAGGAAUGACUCUCUAUUGGUCAGCAGACUUCCAGGUUCCUCCAAACCAGUCCCUCCAGCUGAGUGACCAACUACACACACUCUUGCUGACACUAUGUGAAGAUCUGCCACAUAAAAGACUUUCUCUUGAAUCAAUUCUGGAAGCAUGUGAGGCACAUCAGAAGGAAUCUGCUCCCUUACCAGCAAAUGUCUACAUAAAGAAAAUGGUCCAGUUUGCUGUGGGAAGCGUCAGUGAGGUGGAGCGGGUACCCUCUGAAGACAGCACAGCCUCUCAGCUUACCAGAAGUCACAUGAUAAGGAAAAGACUGCAUGAGAAAAUAUCGGACACCUCACCGCUGUCCUCCCAGAUGAAUUUUCACCAAGACAAAGGGUCCAGAUUAAUGAAUUAUAGUCGGUCAACAGAAGAUUACAGACAACUCUCUGUGGACUACAGCGACUCUAAUAGUAUUUCUGAAAGUACAUCUUUGAUACUGUCUAACCGAGGACAGAGGAGAGGGAGAGUUCCACAGACACACCGGUCAUGGGACCCCACCCUUAGCGGGUCAAGGACACAAAGCAGCUACAAGCUCUUCAUAAACAGAAUCAGACAGUUUUCAGGUCCAGAAUUUAUUAUUUUGUCUAGUGAACCACCAGUGACCUUACAGCUUCCUGGAUCAAUUGUGACUAAAAAAGGGAAAUCCUAUUUGUCCCAAAGGGAUCUGAAUGUGAUUCUACUCAAUGGGCAGUGCCUUGAGGUGCAAUGUGACAUCAAGUCCAAGGCAAGAGAUGUUUUCAACACUGUGGUGGCAUAUGCAAACUUGGUGGAACAUUUCUACUUUGGCUUGGCUUACCUGAAAGGUAAAGAGUUCUUCUUUUUGGAUGAGGAGACCAAACUCUACAAAGUGGCCCCAGAUGGCUGGAAUGACCAACCCAAGAAGAAAACCUCCAACAUUUAUUUCACACUCUUUCUAAGGAUAAAAUUCUUUGUCAACCACUUCAAUGCUAUCCAGCACGGCUUGACAAGGCAUCAGUUUUACCUGCAGCUUCGUAAAGAUAUUUUGGAGGAGCGAUUAUAUUGCAAUGAUGAGACUGCCCUGAAACUCGGCGCUUUGGCUUUACAGGCAGAGCUUGGCAAUUAUGCUUCUGAGAUGCAUGGAAAGAGCUAUUUUCGUGUUGAAGACUACGUUCCAGCAAGCCGAAUAGAGAAAAUGACCCUGGUGUAUGUACAGCGAGAACUUGCUAAAUUACAUCGUAUGAAUCAUUCCCUAUUUGAGGAUGAGGCUGAACUAGAAUUUUUAAAGGUGACUCAGCAACUUCCUGAAUAUGGAGUGUUAUUCUAUCGUGUGUCCCAAGAAAAAAAAGGAGCAGGAGGGGACAUCAUCCUGGGAAUCUGUGCCAAAGGCAUCAUUGUGUAUGAGGUGAAAAAUCACACAAGAAUUGCCAGUUUAAGAUUCCAGUGGCGUGAAACAGAGAGAAUUUCAGCUCAUAGAAAAAAAUUCAUGAUUGAAAGCAGCUUCAGUGGCAAGAAACACACCUUCAUUACUGAUACAGCAAAGACAUGUAAAUAUCUACUGGAUCUCUGCUCUGCCCAGCACAAAUUUAAUGCACAAAUGAAUUCUAGACAACUUCGGCAAACUUCAUCAGAAGAAAGUAAAUUCGUGGAAAUAGACAAAUCAAAUUCUGCAUAUGCAGCUCAGCGUGAACACCUUGCCCUGAUUCAGAGACUGUCUCGUUCAGAGAAUGUGCUCUAUGCAGCAAACCUGGAAAACCUUUCUGCUGGGAUGAUGAGCAAAUCUUGUGAUAACCUCAGCGUGGAAACCAACAACAGGACUAGAGAGAAAAGCAAUCUCCGCAGAUCCAUGUCAGGGCUAUCCCAGUCAGAAACUCACAUCAAUUUGAAUGGAAAGCAAAGGAGUUAUGACUACCUCUCUAUCCACUCAACUCAGAACACAAUCAGCGCACCUGGAUCACCAGCCAUCCAAAAGGAAGUCUUGCUAAGUGGCCUAGAAAGAGAAAUCAUAUGUGUCAGCCUAAAACGUGACCCUAAGAAUGGAUUUGGUUUUGUAAUUAUUGGAGGAGAAAAUGUAGGAAAAUUAGACCUCGGUAUCUUUAUUGCUUCAAUUAUCCCUGGGGGACCUGCAGACAGAGCUGGAAAUAUCAAACCAGGGGGACGACUCAUCUCUGUGAAUAAUAUUAGUCUCGAGGGAGUUUCAUUUAAUACUGCAGUUAAAAUCAUACAGAAUUCUCCCGAUGAAGUAGAGCUCAUCAUCUCUCAACCCAAAGACAUGUAUGAAGAAGGAUUAAAUGAGGAAAAGAAUUUAUCAAGAGGAAACAGCACUAGUGGAUCUGAGAUCUCUUGUGUAGACAGUAGGAGAAAAAAGAUUCAGGAUUGUCAUACAGCUCUCCCCAAAGAAGAGGACAUAAAUAUAGAUGAACUUGAGAAGGCUCUUUCAUGGAGUUUAGCACCAAAAUUGGGCCCUACGAUUCCAGUUACUUCAGCUGAUAGCCCACAUGUCGAGGAAGUUGAUUCUUCGCACUUACCAUCUCCAUCUGAAACCAACUCAAAGGAAAUCUAUACUGUGGAGCUUGUUAAAGAAGACGGGACUUUUGGAAUCAGUGUGACGGGUGGAAUUAACACUAGUGUGCGUCAUGGUGGGAUAUACGUGAAGUCAAUUAUUCCCAGGGGACCAGCAGAUAAGGACGGACAAAUAAAGAUAGGUGAUCGCCUGCUGGAAGUAGAUGGCAUCAGCCUCUGUGGCAUCACCCACAAACAGGCUGUGGAACACCUUAAGAAGUCUGGCCAGAUUGCCAAGCUGGUUCUAGAAAGGGGAAACUACCUAUUGGCAGAGCCACGCCUGACUGCUAAUGACAGAAAGGAGGACCAAUGUGCAGUUGUUUCUGUGGCAACAUCCUUCACAGAUGGUACCAAGGACUACUGCUUUUUGACAGAUGAUAAUAUGUUUGAAGUCAAAUUGACAAAGAAUUCUGGAGGCCUCGGCUUUAGUGUUCUGCAAAUGGAAGGAGAUGCUUGUGAACACUUUGGAGGUGCUAUUUUCAGGAUCAAAAGACUGUUUCCAGGGCAGCCAGCUGAUGAGAAUGGCAAAAUUGAAGUCGGAGACAUCAUUUUAGCUGUGAAUGGGAAACCUGUUCAAGGACUCUUGUAUCAGGAAGUCCUGCACUUGUUGAGAGGAGCUCCUCCAGAAGUCACACUACUACUUUGCAGACCACCAAAAGGUGUUCUUCCAGAGAUAGAGCAGAGUGCCCUGACUCCAGCACCAUCUCCAAUUAAGGAGUUUGUAGCAGAAAUGCCAGGAAGUACAGAGGUAGGAAAUAGUAUGGAUCAGUCUACCAGUGAUGGAGGUAGCACCUCUCCAGACCUUGAAGACUGCCUGGAUUCUCCAGUGGCAGCAGAUUUCAGUGAGCCUCCUGAAGAGGACAGCUCAACUUACGAAGACCAGGAAGCUCAGUUUCAAGAAAAGCCCAUACAGAAACUGAUGGCUCCCACGGAAACUUUCUAUAAGCACCUUUGGAAGUUUCAUCAAGAAGCUGCCAGUUCUGAAGUCUUCCACUCCCUAGAGGAAGAAGUGAAGCAGAACUGCUACUCACCAUGCGAAUUUGGAUGGGCCAAAAGGUAG